CGGAAUUCCAGGAUAAGAACAAGAAAGCUGCAUGAACUGUCAAGUCUAGGCACGGCUUUAAUGAUGCCAGUGUAAAUGCAAUGUAACAAGUGGCUCCAGAUGGUUUCUUCAUGUAAACACAUACACAUUUAGUGAGGGCGUUCUGUGAGAACAAGAAGGAAUGGGUACCGAAAGCUCGCGAGAUUCGGUGGGCAGGACGGAGAGCUAGCUAAAGCUAAACAGUCUGUCAGAGGCAAAUAAAACUAAAACCAAGCAUAAAGAUGUCUGGACGCUCGGUUCGCGCUGAGACACGAAGCCGCGCUAAAGAUGACAUGAAGAAGGUGAUGGCGGCCAUUGAGAGGGUCAGAAGAUGGGAGAAGAAAUGGGUCACUGUCGGAGACACAUCUUUGAGGAUAUUCAAAUGGGUACCAGUGGUGGAUACAAAAGAAGAGAAGAGUAAGGUGGUCCCGGCUGGAGCAGUCAGGGAGCUGAAUAUCUUCUCCACAGAUCCAGCCUCAGAAAACACACAUUCAAGUCAUCUGGAUUUUGAUGAGAACAGUAACCAGAGCUCUCUGUCUGAUGCGUACCAGCCCAAAGUGGACAGCAGCAGUAACUCUAGCCCCCAGCCUAGUGAACCUCUGAGCCCCAAGAACCUGUGUGACUUCCGCACAGAUGACUCACAGCCCCCGACUCUGGGCCAGGAGAUCAUGGAGGAGCCGUCAUUGCCAAGUGAACUGGCUGACGAACCUCCGUUGCUGAUUAAAGAGGACUUGUUGCCCCUCACUACUCAGGAGGAAGAGGAGUGUUCUGGAGCUCCGCCACUGAAGAGGGUGUGUUCUGAGCAGAACUCCAUCCUGCAGAGCUCCUCAAUGAUGAGCUAACACACUGCACAUAGCGUCAGGCUCGGACCCAAAUCACUUCAUGCACUUUGUUGAAUCAAAUUUUUUUGAUUUGGUAAAAUUGUCUGUCAUUUUCAAUGACAGACAUUUCUGGUUCAUAAAUUGAACAAAACAUUUUAAACAAAUUGAACUCCCAACUAAUUUGCUGAUUUUAAAAUAAAAAAUGCUUUGAACCAGGCCCUGCUUAGCUUUUAGUCAGCGAGUUACACGACUGCAAGUCUAUCCUCCGAUGACUGCAAUAGAUACAUUUUAAAGACCAGACAUACUUGUUAUGAUUUUAUAUUGAAUCUCUUUCAAAGUGAUUUUGUUUUUCCCUUAAAGGACCCAUGAAUAUGUAGUUUAGUUGACACUGUUUAGUUUCAAUGGAUUAACAGCGGAAUACAAAACCAAAGCACUCCACCACCAUUCUCCCGAGGUAGUGCAGUCCGGUAGGUUACAUGUAUGCCCCUUUUUUUUAUUUUUUUAUUUAUUUGGGAGAUACCGUUUUCUGUCUACAAAAUAUAACUUUUUCCUUAAACUAUUUAUUGCAAGGCAAUGACAGGAAAUGUAUUAAGUAAUAGUUGAAUUAAGCUAUGGUCAGUGUUGUAGGUUUUAAGUCUGAUUGGCUCUAUUUUGAAUGCAGCUUCAUAUUGUGCCAUUGACACUUGUUUACUCAAUGCUAGCUGUCAGGAUCUUUUGUCGGUUUUGCCGAUUUCUAAAUCAAGUUUUAUAUCCGUCCAUCCAGGACACGCUGGUGUGCAAAUCAAACGCACUAAGUUUAACAUUGUAGAAUGUUUAAAAAUUACAAGUACUGUAUGUGAUGUUUUUGAAUUUACUUAAAUGAUGCUACUAGGUCCUUAUUUUUUUGUUAUUUAACUCCUAAAGAUGUUGUCUCAGUUAUUUAAGUAAAAGUUCAUUUGUAAAAUGAACACAGAUUGUUUCAGUCUAAAAUCUGUCUUGAGUUAUCGUCUUUAGUAACCCAAGGAAGCACUUGUCUUUCUCAGAUAUGUUUUAUGUCAUAUUUUACUUGAGUGAAAUUAGGAAAUUUAAUUGAUCAGGUUAGCAUGUACACUGACUAUUUGAUGUUAUUUUGGAGUGAUUGUAAUACUUAAUAGUAACCAUUUAUUUAUAGUACCCGUCAAAAGUUUGGACACCUACCCAUUCAAGGGUUUUUCUUAAUUUUUUACUAUUUUCUACAUUGUAGAAUAAUAGUGAAGACAUCAAAACGAUGAAACAACACAUAUGGAAUCAUGUACUAACCAAAAAAAAAGUGUUAAACAAGUUAAAAUAUAUUUUAGAUUCUUCAAAGUAGCCACCCUUUGCCUUGAUGAAAGCUUUGCACACUUUGCAUUCUCUCAACCAGCUUCAUGAGGUAGUCACCUGGAAUGCUUUUCCAACAGUCUUGAAGGAGUUCCCACAUAUGCUGAGCACUUGUUGGUUGCUUUUCCUUCACUCUGCGGUCCAACUCAUCCCAAACCAUCUCAAUUGGGUAGAGGUCGGGUGAUUGUGGAGGCCAAGUCAUCUGAUGCAGCACUCCAUCACUCUCCUUCUUGGUCAAAUAGCCCUUACACAGCCUGGAGGUGUGUUUUGGGUCAUUGUCCUGUUGAAAAACAAAUGAUAGUCCCACUAAGCGCAAACUAGAUGGGAUGGCGUAUCGCUACAGAAUGCUAUGGUAGCCAUGCUGGUUAAGCGUGCCUUGAAUUCUAAAUAAAUUGCAGUGUCACCAACAAAGCAACCCCACACCAUCACACCACCUCCGUGCUUCACGUUGGGAACCAGAUUUCCACCGGUCUAAUGUCCAUUGCUCGUGUUUCUUGGCCCAAGGAAGUCUCUUCUUCUUAUUGGUGUCCUUUAGUAAUGGUUUCUUUGCAGCAGUUUGACCAUGAAGGCCUGAUUCAGGCAGUCUCCUCUGAACAGUUGUUGAGAUGUGUCUAUUACUUGAACUCUGUGAAGCAUUUAUUUGGGCUGCAAUCUGAUGUGUAGUUAAUUGUCAAUUUCUGAGGCAGGUAACUCUAAUGAACUUAUCCUCUGCAGCAGAGGUAACUGGGUCUUCCUUUCCUGUGGUGGUCCUCAUGAGAGCCAGUUUCAUCAUAGCGUUUGAUGGUUUAUGUGACUGCACUUGAAUAAACUUUGAAAGUUCUUAAUUUUCUGAAUUAGCUGACCUUUAUGUCUUAAAGUAAUGAUGGACUGUCAUUUCUCUCUUGCUUAUUUGAGCUGUUCUUUCCAUUAAUAUGGACUUGGUCUUUUACCAAAUCGGGCUAUCUUCUGUAUACCAACCCAACCUUGUCACAACACAACUGAUUGGCUCAAAUGCAUUAAGAAGGAAAGAGAUUACACAAAUGUACUUUUAAGAAGGCACACUUGUUAAUUGAAAUGCAUUCCAGGUGACUACCUCAUGAAGCUGGUUGAGAGAAUGCCAAGCGUGUGCAAAGCUGUCAAAGGCAAAGGGUGGCUCCUUUGAAGAAUCUAAAAUAGAAACUAGGUUUUGAUUUGUUUAACACUUUUUUUGGUUACUAAAUGAUUCCAUAUGUGUUAUUUCAUAGUUUGUCUUCACUAUUAUUCUACAAUGUAGAAAAUAGUAAAUAUUUUUUUAAAGCCUGGAAUGAGUAGGUGUGUCAACUUUUGACUGGUACUGUGUAUAUAUAUAUAACAAAAAUAUAUAUUUUUUUCUCUGACAAUCGACAGCAAUUACACUCAAGUUUGGCAAAUAGAUAAGUGUGUUGCGUUGUGGUUUGCCAUUUAUGAAAGAGAUGCUGUAAUAUUUGGGACUGGGCGACAAAAGUUAACUCCCGCAAUAUCGCUAGUUAUUACUAAUUUGUAACAGUUAUAAUUUUCAGUCUUAUUACUUCAUUGUACUGUUAGUCUCUUGAAUAGACAUGAUUAUUUCAAGUGAUGCCAGUAUGUUGAAUGGGCCACUAAAAUUAAGGCAUUAACAAGGUGAUGACUUCUGUAUCCACAUUUAAAUGACCACCUUGCAGAUUAAUUUGGGAUGGUAGGCUUAUUCUGCUAAUGGAUUAUUUUAUUUUUUAAGAAGGAUGUUUGGAGAAGAGUUUGUAAAGAGUACUUUGUAUUUUAUUGUAAUUUUCCAAGUACAAAUUAUUUUAUAAAGGCGUAUGGAUUUGGAAAUCUGCAGAUUCUAUUGUUUUGAUUUUCUUUUUGAAUACACAUAUACCAUGUGGUUUAGUGAAUGGGUUUGAUUGAAGUGUUAUAUGCCUUAAGAAAAGUGUUGUACAUCAGUUCUACAUCGGGUGAACUAGGCCAUAAAGGGAUCUUUCCAAUAGAUGGCGCUAGAGUGCACACAACCAAUUCCAUCAGUUGACAGUCUACCUUGCUCUGGUGUGUGCUUAAAUUAUUUAAAGUUUAAACAUUACACACACAAGCAUGUACGGGUAAUUAAGUAAUCUAGGCAAGCCAGAACCAAAUAUUGCGUGAGCGCUAUGUUUUUGUCCGUCACGAGAGACGUGUGACAUGAAUCUAUGUUUACAGAUCGGAUAGUACUGUAAGGACUCUAUUAAAUCCGUAUCGUGGAAGUUUAGCGUUACAUUUAAAGGUAAUGUUCCUGCAUUAGUGGAGACUGCAUAUGUCGGCUCAAUCGGAAAUUACCGUUACAUUUCUAUUGCUUCAGCGAUACAGAUUUAAUAGAGCCCUAGAUCUAAUCAUGUCAUAUAUGCAUGAAGAAUUCAUCAACUGGUGGCACUACUGAAAAUCGAUUAUGAUACAUGUUUCUGUCUGUACACAAUUGAUUAAAUAAACACACUGUUAAGUUA